AUGGCAUCUCUGAAUCUCUCGUCCAACGGGCCAUCGAUUACCAAGAGUUAUCGGUCCGUAAUCGAUUGUUCGCUACCUACCAGCAGUGCCACAUAUGGACAAUGGGCAGUGUUUUCUGUCUCAACGCCUUUGGUCAAUGCCUUCCAGAGGAGUUCAGACAGCAAGGAAAGUGUCUUGAAGGUUCAGAAUACCGGGGCUGGUGAGCUAGAUGACCUCAUUGACGAGUUCUCGGAAGGAAAGAUCCAGUUCGCCUUUGUCAAAGUCAACGAUCCAAACACUGGUCUCCCGAAGAAUGUCCUCAUCGGAUGGUGCGGAGAAGGCGUCCCAGAGCGAACGAAAGGAUACUUUACAAGCCACCUGCUACUUCAGAACUAUCAUGUUCAAAUCACUGCACGCUCUGAGGGAGAUUUGACACCCGAGGGAAUAGUACAGAAGGUCGGAGAUGCCUCUGGUGCGAAAUACGCACCAGAACGAGCUUCGCUAGUCACUGCUGUACCCACGCCUUCAAUUGCAAGCAAACCAGCCUUUACCCCCACUAGAACUGGUGCGGUAGUCUCAAAGACCGUGUCAAAUGUUUCCACCAGGGUGGUUCCAAGAAUGAGCGGCGAUGAUAAUGGCUGGGGUCCAGAUGCACCCCCUGUUACCAGGACAGAACUUGAAAAAGUUCAGUCCGCGUACAGGCCAACUAAGGUUGACAUAGAGGCAAUCAAAUCCCAGAACCAGCCUAGAACAUCACAUUAUCAUGAGCUUCCCGUUACAGAGAACAGUGAUGUUGUCAAAGGUGGCUAUCAACCAAUAGGCAAAGUGGAUAUCGCUGCAAUCAGGAGACAAGCACGGGAGGCGGGCGAAUUGAAAGAAGACCGACCCGAGCCUGUGAGAGGCGCAUAUGAGCCGGUUGGUAAGGUUGAUAUUGCUGCUAUCCGUUCUAAGGUGCAGAAGCAACCUGCAUCAUCGGCAAUUGAUCAGUCCGUCUCAACCAACCCCGUUGAACCACGUGAUGAAAGGGUGAAAUUGCUGGAUUCUCCAAGACUAACCGAUCAGCCCGAGCGUUUGACGACUUUACCCAAGCCGAAGGUUUCCAACAAAUUCGGGCUAAGCUCAACAUUUACAGGCACGAAGGCACCCUUGCCCGGUGGCUUCGUUUCAAGCCCGGCCCCUCCUGCCACACAGGUUGGCAUUGCAAGCAGAACGUUUGCAGACGAGGGAGGAAAGACUCCUGCGCAGCAGUGGGCUGAAAGAAAAGCCCGAGAACGAGGACAAGGCCCUGCCUCUAGCUCAUCAGCAGCAAGCAGUGGCCAUGGCGACAGCAAGGGAAAAUGGGAAAGUCCGUACAAUGGCAAGACGUGGGCUCCCGUCCAGACUACGCUUACGGGCAACUCUGUGGACCGCGGUGUCUCGCAGCAAGGGCUGGAAUUCAUGACUGAGCCGGAAACGUCACCGUCUGGCCAGCCAGACUUUACAAGCCAGUAUCAAACUUUACGUGGUGCAUGCAUGAAUCUUUCUCCCGACGAAAAACCAGUUGGCAUGCCUGGUUCUGAGAAUGGAUUACCUGCACCAAAUAGUUCACAGGUAAAACCGGAAGAACCCUUGGACGUCGAAGCUCAUCAGGCUAUUCCUAGCCCUCCUCAGCAGCCUCGUUCCCCUACUCCUCCAACGCCGCUUCCCGUACGUGAACCUUCUCCAAUUCGUGUCGCUGUACCGGUUGGACGAGGAGUCGCAGACGCUCACGAUGAACAAUACUCGCCGCCUCCUGUCAUGCCGACACAAAGCCUCCAACAGGCAGUACCGGAUGAUGAAGGGCUCGAGGAUACUGCCAUUGAUAUCGGCAGGGAAACGGCAAAGGCUGUAGUCGUUGACCGACCUCAAGACGAGGCGCUCCAGGCUAUUGUGCAGUAUGACUAUGAGAAGGCAGAGGACAAUGAAAUAGACCUGAAGGAGGGAGAGUAUGUGUCUGGCAUAGAGAUGGUUGAUAAGGACUGGUGGCUCGGUUCUAAUGCGCACGGCGAGCGGGGUCUCUUCCCCAGCAACUAUGUUGAGCUCAUUAAAGAAAACCAGCCAGAUCACCUCGCACCGGUUGCUGGUGCUGAAGAACCCAAGGAAACUGCUCCAAUCGUCCCUGCCCAUAGCCCUGAAGAUAGGCAAGAUAUCGCACAGUCGGUUGCAAUGGCACUGUACGACUACGAGGCUGCGGAGGACAAUGAGCUCAGCUUCCCCGAGGGUGCUCAAAUAGUCAACAUCGAAUUCCCUGAUGAUGAUUGGUGGUUCGGCGAGUACAGUGGUCAGAAGGGGCUCUUCCCAGCCAAUUAUGUACAACUCGAGAAGUAG